UUUUAUUUUGAAACGGCUCGAGUUGACAGUGAACGCCAGCAUAACUUUAGUGAAGCUGGUGUGUACAUUGAAGGAUGGAGGCCAGCGGCAAACCCUCCACAGCACAGAUUGUGUUGCUGGCCACUAGUUCAGCUCUGACAGCUGUUUUAUACACCAUAUACAAGAGGAAAUCCAGCCAUGUUGCGAGAUUAAGGGAAGCCAAGAAGAUGUCAUUAAACCCAGAGCUGAAAACCAUCCUCAGUGAAGCACCAGGAAAAUGUGUUCCUUAUGCAGUUAUUGAAGGUGUUGUGCGCUCUGUAAAAGAAACCUUAAACAGCCAGUUUGUUGACAACUGUAAAGGGGUCAUCCAGAGGUUGACCCUAAACGAGAAGAAGAUGGUGUGGAAUCGCACAACAAAUUUAUGGAAUGACUGUGAAAAGGUCAUCCACCAGCGCACGAACACCGUUCCCUUUGACCUAGCCCCACACGACGACACUGUACCUACAACAGUCCGAGUGCUCCGUCCCCUCGAUGCGGCUGAACUGGAUCUAGAGACCACAUAUGAAAACUUCCACCCUUCCCAGCAAUCUCUAACCAACGUCAUUGGCCACUUCAUCAGUGGCGAGCGUCCGCAGGGCAUCCAGGAAACCGAAGAAAUGCUGCGUUUGGGUGCCAGCAUGACUGGUGUAGGGGAACUAGUUCUGGACAACAAUCUGGUGCGUCUUCAGCCUCCAAAACAGGGCCUGCGGUACUUCCUCAGCCGCCUGGAUUAUGACACGCUUCUCAGCAAACAAGAGGGUCACUUAAGGAUCUGGAGGGUCUUGACAGUGCUUUUUGGAUUAACCGCCUGUGCUACAUUUUUCUACCUGCUUUGGAGACAGUAUGUGCUUCGAAAGGAGCGGAGGAAAGAGCAAAGUGUGCUAGACGAAUACCGGAGGUGGCAGAGUAAACGUUUUCAGGAGCUCCAUCUGGCGGAGGAGGAUGUUUCUCCCACUGCAUGCACAAUUUGCUUGAGUCAUGAGCGUUCUUGUGUGUUUUUGGAGUGUGGUCAUGUGUGUGCCUGUGAGGGGUGUUAUAGGGCCCUGCCUGAACCUAAGAAGUGCCCCAUUUGCCGGGCAACAAUAGAUAGGAUUGUCUCGCUUUAUAACAGUUAAAUGCCUUAUUGUGUAUAUAUAGUACUUGAAAUGAGGCAUAGGAUUUCAUGCCUUUGUCUAGAGCUGUGAUGAAAAAAUGGUUCGAGAUAUCAAUUUUGAUUCUCAAAAUGCGUCGCUAUUCUCACUUGAAUGGAUUCUGAGCUUAGUUUAACACCAGAGUGUGCUUUAGGCAAUUUUUUUUUAAUAGGCACUGUAUCCUUCACAAGGAGCCACAUUCUUCUGCUUGCAUUCAAUUCCUAAUAAAUACCACCUCAAACUAAAAUAAUCAUUAAUAAAGUUAGGAAAGGUUUAAUCGAAUUACAAAAAAAGUGUUCAUUGUGAGCUGUGUUUAUAUUAGUUGUGACAUAGAUCAACUUACACAGCUCAGCCCAAUGCACAAACACUCUUCCUCACGAGAAUUGUAAAACUAUGGUUAAAUAAUAAACAGAGCAUUGUCUGCUUUAAUAAACUAUCCUAAAGUGCAGUCUAUUGUUAAAACCUAACCUAGAGUGCUGUCUGCUGUAAUAGUCUAGCCUAGAGGGCCGUCUGCUGUUAAAAACUAACCUAGAGUGCCCUCUGUUAAAAACUAGCCUAGUGCGCCAUCUGUUGUUAAAAACUAGCCUGUUAAAAACUAGCCUAGAGCGCUGUCUGCUGUUAAAAACUAGCCUAGAGCGCUGUCUGCUGUUAAAAACUAGCCUAGUGCGCCAUCUGUUGUUAAAAACUAGCCUGUUAAAAACUAGCCUAGAGCGCCGUCUGCUGUUUAAAACUAGCCUAGAGCGCCGUCUGCUGUUAAAAACUAGCCUAGAGCGCCGUCUGCUGUUAAAAACUAGCCUAGAGUGCUGUCUGCUGUUAAAAACUAGCCUAGAGUGCCGUCUGCUGUUAAAAACUAGCCUAGAGCGCCGUCUGCUGUUAAAAACUAGCCUAGAGCGCCGUCUGCUGUUAAAAACUAGCCUAGAGCGCCGUCUGCUGUUAAAAACUAGCCUAGAGCGCCGUCUGCUGUUAAAAACUAGCCUAGAGCGCCGUCUGCUGUUAAAAACUAGCCUAGAGCGCCGUCUGCUGUUAAAAACUAGCCUAGAGCGCCGUCUGCUGUUAAAAACUAGCCUAAAGCGCAGUCUGCUGUUAAAAAGUAGCCUAGAGCGCCGUCUGCUGUUAAAAACUAGCCUAGAGCGCCGUCUGCUGUUAAAAACUAGCCUAGAGCGCUGUCUGCUGUUUAAAACUAGCCUAGAGCGCUGUCUGCUGUUAAAAACUAGCCUAGAGCGCUGUCUGCUGUUAAAAACUAGCCUAGAGCGCUGUCUGCUGUUUAAAACUAGCCUAGAGCGCUGUCUGCUGUUAAAAAUUAGCCUAGAGCACUGUCUGCGGUUAAACUAGCCUGCUACCUGCUGUUAAAAACUAGCCUAAAGUGCCAUCUGUUGUUAAAAACUAGCCUGUUAAAACCUAGCGUAGAGCGCUCUGUGCUGUUAAUAACUAGCCUAGAGCACUGUCUGUGGUUAAAACUAUCCUAGAGUGCUGUCUGUUGUUAAAAACUAACUUAGGGCGCCAUCUUCUAAAAAUUAUCCUAGAGCCCCAUCUGCUGCUUAAUACUGACAAGAGCCCCAUCUGCUGUUAAAAACUAGCCUAGAGCACUGUCUGCUGUUAAAAACUAGCCUAGAGCGGCAUCUUGGGGAAAAAAACUAGCUUAGGAUGCCAUCUGCUGUUAAAAACUAGGCUCAGAAUCGAUUCAAGAGAGAACAACAAUUCCAAUUUGUAAAGCUCAUAAUUUCUCGAAUGAUUUUUUGGCACAGCUCUAGAAAUGUCAGCUGAUGUAAGAAUCUGCUAUAAUCCAAAUAUUAAGCAGAAAAAAUAUAUAUGCUUCCAGAUUGA